AUGCCGCCCUUCCCUUCGUACGAGCAGAUCCCCGCGCACCUGGAAGAAUCACCGGGAGAGCGUCACCGACACGCACCAGGGACCCCCUGCCGGCCAACUGCUGGGAGCCGCCCGUCCAAUUACUUGGGUGUACAACGGCUGACCUGGUGGGAUUACGAGGCCGGACCCCAUGGGCCCAAGCUGCCAGCGGGGUGCAACGGCUUCCUGAUGAACGACUGCCUGCUGGUGACCACCUGGCUGCCCCAGCGGCGGGGCAUGUACCGCUACAACGCCCUCUUACCCCCUGGACGGCUGGCCGUGGUCAACGUCAAGGACAACCCGCCCAUGAAGGACAUGUUCAAGCUGCUCAUGUUCCCCGAGAGCCGCAUCUUCCAGGCGGAAAACGCCAAAAUCAAACGCGAGUGGCUGGAGGUGCUGGAGGCCACCAAGAGGGCCCUGGGCGAGAAGCGGCGGCGCGAGCAGGAGGAGGCCGCCGCCCCGCGCGGGCUGCCCCCAGCGGCCGCCAAGGCCGCCAACCCGUUCGAAGAGGAGGAGGAGGAGGAGGACGACGAGCCGGCCGCCCCCGAGGUGGAGGAAGAGCGGGUGGACCUCUCCAUGGAGUGGAUCCAGGAGCUGCCCGAGGACCUGGACGUCUGCAUCGCCCAGAGGGACUUCGAAGGGGCCGUGGACCUGCUGGAUAAGUUGAACCGUUACCUGGAGGGUAAGCCCAGCCCACCCCCCGUGAAGGAGCUCAGGGCCAAGGUGGAGGAGCGCGUCCGCCAGCUGACCGAGGUGCUGGUCUUCGAACUGUCCCCGGGCCGGUCCCUGCGCGGCGGCCCCAAGGCCACUCGCCGGGCGGUGUCCCAGCUCAUCCGGCUGGGCCAGGGCACCAAGGCCUGCGAGCUGUUCCUGCGGAACCGGGCGGCCGCGGUGCACACGGCCAUCCGCCAGCUGCGCAUCGAAGGGGCCACGCUGCUCUACAUCCACAAGCUGUGCCACGUCUUCUUCACCAGCCUGCUGGAGACGGCGCGCGAGUUCGAGACGGACUUCGCCGGCACGGACAGCGGCUGCUACUCGGCCUUCGUGGUCUGGGCGCGGUCGGCCAUGGGCAUGUUCGUGGACGCCUUCAGCAAGCAGGUGUUCGACAGCAAGGAGAGCCUGUCGACGGCCGCCGAGUGCGUGCAGGUGGCCAAGGAGCACUGCCGGCAGCUGGGGGACAUCGGGCUGGACCUCACCUUCGUGGUCCACGCCCUGCUGGUGAAAGACAUCCAGGGCGCCUUGCACAGCUACAAGGACAUCAUCAUCGAGGCCACCAAGCACCGCAACUCGGAGGAGAUGUGGAGGAGGAUGAACCUGAUGACGCCGGAGGCCCUGGGCAAGCUCAAGGAGGAGAUGAAGGGCUGCGGGGUGAGUGACUUCGAGCAGUACACGGGCGACGACUGCUGGGUGAACCUGAGCUACACGGUGGUCGCCUUCACCAAGCAGACCAUGGGCUUCCUGGAGGAGGCCCUGAAGCUGUAUUUCCCCGAGCUGCACAUGGUGCUUCUGGAGAGCCUGGUGGAAAUCAUCCUGGUGGCUGUCCAGCACGUGGACUACAGUCUUCGCUGUGAGCAGGACCCGGAGAAGAAGGCCUUUAUCCGGCAGAAUGCGUCCUUCCUCUACGAAACCGUCCUCCCCGUGGUGGAGAAAAGGUUCGAGGAGGGUGUGGGGAAGCCCGCCAAGCAGCUCCAGGACCUGAGGAACGCGUCCAGGCUGAUCCGCGUGAACCCCGAGAGCACGACCUCCGUGGUCUGAUGCUGGGGUCUGUUUCUGUGAAUACGUAUAUAUUGCUUCUAUAUUAUUUAUAUUUAUGUUAAACGGCAUUAGCAUUUUCCCUGUCGUCUCAAACACCGCUGAACCAUAAAAGACGCCCUCUCAGAUAGAAACCCAAAAGGAGAAAGAGAAAUGUCCAAUUAAGCCCACUUAACAAAAACAUUGCAAUUAAUAAAAUAUAUAACAUGCUUUUCCUUUUAAAUUA